UCCAGGGAAGAUGAAGGUUGUCCUGGCUGUCUUGUUGGCCGUCGUCCUGUGCGUACAGCAAGCUGACUCGCUGUGGUGCUUCAUGUGCGAAAACCAAUCCAGCAACUGGAGCUGUCUGAAGAUCACAAAGUGCUCGGCUGCGGACAAGUACUGCCUGACGACUGUUGGUUAUGCUGGGAUUGGCAUGUGGACAGCCAGGAGGCGAAUCACCAAGAAAUGCUCCCCAACCUGCCCAGAGUUCAAUAUCAACCUGGGCUUAGCCUCCUACUCCACUACCUGCUGCAAGAGCUCCUUGUGCAACCUGAGUGGGAAGCCGGCACCCAAGCCAGGUUCUCCUCAGUGAUGGGGUAAGAGGAUCGGGGCCUUUCUUAGAGCUGGACUGUGAUGUGCUGGGAAGAGAGGGGCUUAACCCUGAAGAAUCUGCUCUGAUUUCCCCAGCAAGAGAUCGACACCUUCUGUGCAUUGGGGUUAACGAAGUAUCCUAUCAGCCAGGCUUUGCCUCAAAACUUCUGAACAAAUAG